GGAAAAUCUCUGUUUACGUCCUGCCUGUGUGUCUCAUGUGUCCGCGUUGGUUUAUUUUACAAAACUGUCAUAUUUUAGAGGCGUUAUUGAAACUGUGGUCGUGUCGGGAUGCAAACGUCGGCUUCAGACGGAGGAGAAAAGUCGCAACAGUCGCUGGUUUUCUUUGACUUGGAGACGACUGGACUGGGUCAGAGUUGUGAGAUUGUCCAGCUGGCUGCAGUGAGUGGAGGCCACUCUCUCAACCUUUACGUCAUCCCUCGAUGUCGAAUGCAGCGUGGAGCAGCCAAAGUGACCGGAUUCAGGGUCCACAGACAGAGACUGUACCUCCAUCGCCAGCUUGUUCUCACCAACUCCCUGCGAGAGGUCCUGGUCUCCUUCAUAGCUUUCCUUCAGAUGCUUGGGUGCCCGCUUGUCAUCGGCCACAACAUUCGCCGCUUCGACUGUCGGCUGUUGGCUCGAGCUCUCGAUGAACUGGACCUCAAAGCAGACUUUGAGUCAGCAGUCUCUGGCUGUGUUGACACACUACCACUGGCUCGAGAGAUGCUUAAGGAGCUCGGCCUCCAGAGUUUCCGACAGGAGAACCUGGUCAGGGAGCUGCUGGGUAUGAACUACAAGGCCCAUGAUGCUUUGGAGGAUGUGCGAGCAUUGCAGGCACUGUAUGGCGUGCUUCAGCCCACACCAGACUUGAUUAGUAAGCAUAUGUUCACUCUGGACACCAUGGAAAACAAACUAUCUGCUAAAUCCAAAGUGCCCUGUGAGCCAGCAGUACAGCGCCCCCUGUGGGAGCACUUCAGACAGACAGUGAAGGUCACAGAGAGCAACGAAGAAGAAGCCGCAAGGUAGAGCAUAUGAAACGUGCCGAAUUUGUUGACGGCACAGCUGGAGAGGCUGUUGUUCUCGUGCAAACAGCUGAAGCUGUCCGUUUGUGGUUGAUGGUGGAACAAAUGAUAAACUGACAGAG